CCACUCUGCCGUCCGAGUACGACGGGAAGGGGGACAUCACCUCUCGGAUUAGCUCCAUGCGCUCAUACUUCGAGGUACUGCGAACACUGCAGGAAGACCGAAGCAUGAUCAUGGGCACAAAUAUCGAGCCCGGUGUACGGAGUUUCAUAGAACUUCAAGCUGUUACUGCAGGUUAUGAGAGAAUUGACCUGAUUGAGUGGUUGAAAGUGACUCCUGUACGUACUCUUGAGGACCUCCUCAUCGCGCAAUAUCAAGAUAAGCAUGUUGCGCUCAAGGCAAGGCUGAAGCUUGAGGCCCUCAAGGGCCAAACGUGGAGGACUUCCAUGCAGGUUUUGGAACAAUAUUUGACUGGUCUGUUCACCACUCCAAACGUGGGAUGGACUGACGUGUCUUGCAUGGAUGUAGUUAUGGGAGUGGCCCCUAAAGAAUAUGCCUCCCGGCUAGGACUCAAAGACCAUACGACUUGGCAAGAGCUACUGACGGAUCUAGUCAAUCUAGAAGCCAAGGACCUCGCCAGGCGUGCAAAGGCACCCCCUGUAGGUAGAACCUCUCAACGCAAGAAUCACUGGGUCUAUUCUGAUCAGCCAUCUAUGCACUGUUUCGCUGUUUGGCUUGCAGGUGAAGUGCGGGGCAGAAUGGCAUCAGCCGAUCUAUUGGGCCGUGCUGGACGAGAAGGUGGGCGUCAUGGUAGGCGCCAUCCCUCUUUGAUAAAUUCAUCUAGAGGGACAUACGGACAUUUGCGGAACAGCCUGGCAACAAGCAAUCGACACCUUAGUGUGGCAAGUAGUAGGAGUAACGGCAGCGGUGGGAGAAGCAGUGCAGCACCUGGAGCUGGGCCAGGGCUGUUGGGGGCCUCGCCUAGUGGCUAUGGGGCGAAUGGAAACUAUGGUCAAAGGGGAAAUGAUUUUAGCAGUUAUGGUAGUAGGAGUUCUGGAAGAUAUAGAGGAGGAGGAGGAGGGGGGGGGAGUGGGGCUUCCAUGGCGAGUGUCAAUGGUGGUUUGAACCCUGGUGGACGGUUGGUGGGUAAUGAAGGCAGUAGGGUAGCGAUUGGGUUUGACAUGGGAGUUGAUAUGGGUUACAGGGAUCCUGCGUUUGGCGCUGGGGAGCUCCGUGACUAUGGGCAUGGGACUCGUGGUGGGGGAAUUCUGCCUUCUCCAGAUGGAUCAGAGUAUACUCCUCAUGGUACAUUUAUUCGCACACCACGAGCUGCUUCCCGGUUUGCAGGUCAACGAAAUCAAGCAGGUCGGAGAGGUUCUCAUCGGAUUCCAGCUGUUUACCCACAUGAUGUGCACCGGCGCAGCAAUGGGAGUCAGGGUGUUUCUUUCGAAGGUGGAGCUCGAACCGACAUGCGCAUGCCUUUUCUCUAUGUGGACCAUGCCGGUGUGCCAGUUGGAUCUGUCCUAGGGGAAGUUGCUGAGUCCGAUACAAGCAGUGGGUUCCAUAGCUCAUGGGCCUAUGUGGAUUCCUCACCAUCGUUCUCCUCCAGUGGGGUGAUUCCGUUCCUUCUGCAUGACGAGGCCCAUGAGAUGGAGCUGCCUCGAUCAUCUUCCAGGCCUUUACAUGAAGACAGUAACUGGGGAUCAAUUGGCAGUGGCCCUGUUGGACGUUGGCUAGGUCACGAGGACCAAGGAUAUAUGAGCGAGGAGACGCGAGAAGUGACACGUUCCAGGAGGUUGACAGGCACGAGAGGGCCAUUUCACAGGACGGUGAGGCUUCCAAAUCUCAGACAACGGACUGCCACUUUUAUCCUGUUAACCUUUGUGAGGCUCUUAGGUGUUGUUGUCCCACAACUUUGCAGAGCUGUCCUGGUUAUCUCUGCAACAAUUUGUUGACUCAUUGGUGCCAGCAAAACAGAUUCUUGCUGCUGUUUAGGCGUAGUUCUACGAGUUCUAGUAAAACAGGCAUCAAAGU